GAUAAUCAUGGCUCCUACUAAGGUCAGAGGUACCAAGCGUGCUAUUGCUGGUGAUUCGGAGUCGAAAAAGAAGCUCAAGCUUAAUAAGAAGCAAGCUGCGCCUGCUGAGUCCGACGAUGUGAGCAGCUCCGAAGAUGUGAGCAGCUCUGAAGAUGAAUUGGACAGUGAUUCAGACGACUCCUUGGAUCAAAGCUCUGAUUCUGACGAUGAGCUUGACGACAAUGAAGACGGAAGCUCAAAACAGGAAGACGACUUUGUCCCACUCGACGCUGCUGAUGAGGAAGGCGAGGAAGGUGAGAAUGUUGACCCAAACAAGAAAUCGUCAGCUGAACAACACGCUGAACAGAAGAAAUUACUUCAGGAAAGAAAGCUCCAGAGAAAGUCUGGUGCUGAGGUUCAGCACAUCAAGUCCUUGUGGGAGCGUCUAAGAGUUAAAAGUCCAAAACCUCCAAAGGAUCUCCGUGAAAAGCUCUGUGAAGAGAUCUGGAAGUACUCCAAGGAUGUGAUUAGAGAUUUAGUCUUGAAGCAUGAUGCCUCCAGAGUUGUUCAGACUCUGAUCAAGUACACCACCAAGGAAAGAAGAGACGCAAUUGCUCUAGCCCUGAAAUCACACUACUACGAGCUAGCUACUAGUUCCUACGGUAAGUACCUGUUGGUGAAGAUGUUACACUAUGGGUCUAAAGAUACAAGAGAUCUUAUCAUUGACGAACUCCAUGGUAAGCUCAGAAAGCUCAUGAGACACAGAGAAGGUGCCUACGUCGUCGAGGAUCUCUUUGUCUUGUACUCCACUGCUGAACAGAAGAAACAAAUGAUCAGAGAAUUCUGGGGAGCAGAGUACGCCGUGUUCAAAGAUUCAGGUAAGGGAAAGUCCAUUCAGGAAGUAUGUGAAGAAGCUGUUGAGAAGAGAAAUUUGAUUGCUAAGAACCUUGCUGGUACAAUCACCGCAUCAGUUGAGAAAGGCUCAACUGGUUUCCAAACAUUACACGCUGCUAUGAAAGAAUACGUUCAAAUCAUCAACGAGGAGGAAGCACAUGAGUUUAUUGAACUACUACACGAGCAAUUCGCAGAGUUGAUCCACACUCCUGAAGGUUGUGAAGUUGCAUGUACCCUUAUUGCUAGAGCUAAUGCCAAAGAAAGAAAACAGAUUGUCAGAGCUUUGAGAGAACACGGCUUGAACUUGAUCAAGAAUGAGUAUGGUAAUCUUGUCGUCAUUACUCUUUUCUUGACCGUUGAUGAUACAGUUAUGGUUUACAAGGCAUUCGAGCCAGACUUUUCAGAGCACAUCUCUGAACUCGUUGUUGACAAGUAUGCAAGAAGACCAUUCCUCUACCUCUUGACAGGACUUGAUGGUCGUUACUUCUCUCCAGCAGUCAAGAAGGAGUUACAGAGAUAUAUUGAUUUAUCCCAGACCACUUCUAAGAAACCAUUAGACCAUAGAAGAACAGAACUGCUGGAGAAAUUUGCCCCUCUGUUCUACAAAGUCAUUGAAGAGAACACUGCUGAUGUCUUGCAGGAGAACAUGGGAUCCCAGUUUGUUGGAGAGGUCUUCCUCAAUAAUGCCCCAACCACCGAUUCCCAAAGGGAUUCAGCCAUUGCUCAGCUCAUUGAUGCAUUCAAGGGCGACCUUGAUGACGAGGAUAAUUUGAUAUUCAAGCCAUUCUCUGUCAGAUUGCUGAAGUCUCUCAUCCAAUGUGGUAAGUGGGAUGCUAAGAACAAAAAGUUGAUCAAGUUGGACAUUCAUGGUUUAGGAGAGCAGUUUGCUACCCAGUUUUACUCUGAAGUGAUCGGUGAGGACCUCAUUAAAUGGGUGGAGAACAAGGAUACGUCUUUUGUCGUGGUGUCACUGUAUGAGAACUUGGAUGCCAAAUCAGAUGUUCAUAAAGAGUUGCUCAAGAAUACGAAACAGGUUAAAAAGGCGGCCACAGAUGACAAUAAAGGUGCUCAGUUGUUGCUAAAAUUGAUCAGCUCCUAGUUAUAUCAUCGUUUAGUAUUAAGUAGAGUAACAUGCAAAUUCAUUCUCCUAUAUUGAUAGUACGCCAUUCACAACAAUAGGAACACUUGUUCUUUGGCUCUUUGGAAAACAACACUAUUUGCACCAUCCCCGCUGUAAUAUAACGAGACGUUAAUCG